AUGCCACCUGACCUUGCUCCUCAUCCCAGGUCGACCUCAAUGGUGCGCCGAUAUCGGCAGUCGCCCUUGGUGCUUGCGCGUGACUUGGGAUGCUGCGACCCGGCAAAGCCCGUUGAGCAACAAAAGUACCGCAAACCAUAUCGUGUGAGCGGCAGCUCGAGCCGUUAUCAGUGUGGGGUGAAGCUCGUCCGUCUUGAGCCUCCGACGCAGCGUCUUCUGACUCCGUUGCCGCCGCUUCGCCCUGCAUGCAUCCAGCCUUCCCCGGUAUCGCCGCGACCCAGUACCCUUGCCGGUGCAAUGUCCCUGGUGCCGGCCUCUGAACUAGGGUUGACUGGGGAUCUCCACCUGCAUCAUCAGCCGAUAGCUGUUCACUUUGCCCUCGUUAAGCCAUCCCUCGCUCUGUCCGGCAGCGGGUCAGAGCUCCGCCUGCCGUGUGCCUGGCUGCGCCCAACUCUGCCGCUUUUCAUCCUCCGCCCGCUCGUAUCAUCCCAAUCCCUCGGUUCUCGUGUGCCUAGGCCCCUUGGCGAGAAACAUCCACCGGUCGCUCCCGCCUUCGGCACCCAUCUUCCUUAUCGCCCAUCACAUGCCCACUCGCUGCGUCUCAAGACUUCGUUGUCCCUUCACCCCCUCAACCCUCGUAUCUUAGGGCUCCGGCUUCAAACAACGCACAUCGUCUCAGCCUUCUUCGUACCACUCUUUGAACAAGUGCUCAUAAACACCUUGAUCGGCCACGUUCCACCUCGUCCGCUUCGCCCCUUCAUCAUCGCUGGACACCUUUUCCCCUUCUCAAGCCUUCUGCCGCAAGUCUGCAAGUCAGCCAAGAAACCUAGCUUUACUCAACACACCGGCUCGACCCUUGCCACCUACCGCUUUGCAAACGUCUCCGUUUGCCUGGAUCCUCUUCGCGGACCAUCCCUCGUCCCGCGCUCUGCCCUUCAAAGGCUCUUGAACAGCCUUCUUUACCUCAAGCCAUCUUCUAACUCAACCAAAUCCACUUUAUCGCUCCUAUGCACCGACAAGAUCGAUUCGUACUCCAACGAUGCCAAGGGCUCGUCGUCCGACAUCAUCCAUGCCUCGACCCCUGGCAACCAUGUAGCUCCGCUCAGCGCCGCGCCCGCUGCCGACGGUCCUGCCGGCACGGGCCCCGGUAAGAUGCAUCUCUCGAAGAACUUCAUCGAGCAGGCCGAUGCCGAGCUCCUCGCCGCGCUCGGAUACAAGCAAGAGUUCAAGCGAGAGUUCUCGUCCCUCGAAGUCUUCGGUAUCGCCUUCUCCAUCAUGGGUGUCGCGCCGUCCAUCGCCUCGACGCUCAUCUACUCGCUCCCCAGCGGCGGUCCCAUCAGCAUGGUCUGGGGAUGGUUCAUCGGUUGCUUCUUCAUCGCCAUCACCGGUCUGGCUCUCGGCGAUCUCUCGAGUUCGAUGCCUACUUCGGGAGGUCUGUACUACUGGACCUACACGCUGUCAAGCCAGAGGUACCGAAGGUUCCUCUCUUGGACCGUCGGCUACGCCAACACGCUCUCCACCACCUCGGCAGUCGCGAGUAUCGACUGGAGUGUGGCCAUCAUGAUCCUCGCCGCCGCUUCGGUCAUGACCGAUGGACGCUACGUGCCCACGGACGGGCAUACCUACGCAGUCUACCUCGGAGUAUUGCUGAUGCACGCGGUGCUGACGUCGAUCGGCACGCGUGCACUGGCUAGGUUCCAGACCGUUGCCACCGUCAUGUGCGCUGGUCUGGCCGUGGCCAUUUGCAUCGUGCUGGGCACGGCCACUCCGUCCGAGUACCGCAACUCGGCCUCGUACGCUUUCGGUGGCUGGUACAACGAGACGGGCUGGUCGAACUUUGGCGCGUUCCUGCUGGCGUUCAUGACGCCCGCUUGGACGGUGGCGAGCUACGACUCGUGCGUGCACAUCUCGGAAGAGGCGAGCAACGCCGCGCGUGCCGUGCCCAUGGGUAUCUUCUUCAGCAUCGUCUCGAGCGGCAUUCUCGGCUUUGGCAUCAUGGUCGCCCUCGCCUUCAACAUGGGCACCGACCUCGAGCCCAUCGUCAACUCGGAGUACGGCCAGCCCAUGGCGACCAUCAUCCUCAACUCGGUCGGCAAGACGGGCUUCAUGGUCAUCUGGGUGUUCAUGAUCAUUGUCAACUUUAUGAUGGGCGCUAGCAUGAACCUCGCUUCGUCGCGACAGAUCUUUGCCUUCAGCCGUGACGGUGCGCUGCCGUUCAGCGGAUGGGUGUACCGCAUCAACAGCUACACGCUCACCCCGGUCAACAGCGCGUGGUGGUCCAGCGCCGUGUCGGCGGUGCUGUGUCUGCUGGGUCUGGUCAACUCGGUCGCCGUAGGCGCUGUCUUCUCGCUCUCGGUCAUCGGCGCAUCGAUCGCCUACACCAUCCCCAUCGUCGCGCGCCUCAUCGCUCCCAAGGACAGGUUCAAACCCGGAGUGUGGUACCUCGGCGACUUCUGGUCGUACGUUGUCGGCUGGAUCAGUGCUGUCUGGCUCACCUUCAUCACGGUCAUCGUCUGUCUGCCCUCGUACAUCCCCGUCGAGGCUGCGGCCGACAUGAACUACGCGUGCGUCGUGACAGUCGGCACGUUCGUCUUCAGCUCGGCGUGGUACUACUUCCCCAAGUACGGCGGCGUCAACUGGUUCCAAGGCCCCAAGUCCAACAUCGACGACGAGGAGGUUGCCGCGCACCAGGUUGCCACCCAGCUCCAGGCCGACGAAGACGCAAAGAAGGCCAAGACGCAGCAGGAGGCGCUCAACCAGACCGUUCAGGUCGACGACUACACCGGCUAG